AUGUUGCGUUUCGCAGUAGUUUUCGCUUUGGCUUGUUGUGCCUUAGCCGGCACUGUUACCGAUGAAUUUUAUGGCCGUAUUGUCAACGGUAAGGACACCACCAUUGAAAAACAUCCCUAUCAGGUGUCUUUGCAAACCUACUCUGGUAGCCAUUUCUGUGGUGGUUCCAUUAUCAGCGAAGAUAUCAUUGUGACCGCUGCUCAUUGCAUGCAAUCCUAUACCGCUUCCCAAAUUAGGGUACGUCUUGGCUCUACCGAAUACAACAAGGGUGGUGAAUUGGUGGCUGUCAAAGCCUUCAGAUAUCAUGAGGGCUACAACUCCAAGACAAAGGUGAACGAUAUUGCCGUCAUUAAAUUGGCCACUCCCGUCAAGGAAUCGUCCAGAAUUCGUUACAUAGCUAUGGCCACCAGAACUCCUCCCACGGGCACCCAUGCUGUUGUCACCGGCUGGGGUACCAAAUGCUUUUUGACCUGUGUCAGCCUGCCCAAGACUUUGCAAGAAGUUGAAGUUGAUAUUGUGGAUGAGAAGGCUUGUGCUUCCAGUGAAUACAAAUAUGGAUCUCAAAUUAAGGAAACCAUGGUGUGUGCCUAUGCUGUCGACAAGGAUGCUUGCCAAGGUGAUUCAGGUGGUCCCUUGGUUGCUGAAGGCAAACUGGUGGGUGUUGUCUCCUGGGGUAAUGGAUGUGCCAAGUCUGGCUAUCCUGGUGUCUAUGCUGAUGUUCCCUCCCUACACCUCUGGGUGGAGAGAACCGCCGAGGUAUUGUAAAUUAAUGAAAGCUGCCAAAAUUUGAUUAAAAAUGAAACAAAAACGCUGGUCAAAAUAAAAAAACGUUCCUGUUUAUUU